AAAAGCAAAACACGCACACUUUGUUCCGUGGUCGGCUCCUCGUCGUAAAGUCGCAUAUUUUCGUCUGUCGUCCAUCGUCCGGCGUGCUGCUCCGUGUGGAAAAACGCAAUUUUCCGGCGAAAAACGUCGCGAGGGUGCCAAACCCGAAGUUCAAAGUGCGUAAAACCAUCAGUCAAGGUCAGCUUGGUGGGUUGAUGGUUGUUUUCUGGGGCGGGUGAAAAUGUGACGAGAUUUGUCGUGAAAUUGAAGUGGGUUUAGUGAAGGCAAGUUUUGAAAGUUUGCACUAAUUCAGUUUGUAGCAAAGGCAGAGGAAAAUCUGUGACAUAACUUAGCCGAUCGGUUUAAAUGUGUUGGUGGAUUUAGUAAUAAUAUUAUGUAGUAAUUUAAAUGAUUAAAGAUUAGUAGCCGAUGUUUGCUGAAGACUUAAAACUGUUUUGAGGUCAACGUACAGAAAGUUUUCGACCAUGAAGCCGUAAACAAUGGCUUUGUUUUGUCCAUUUGAAUAGAGCAACAACUUAUAAUACAAAGUGAUUGACCCGUUGCAGCGCGAGUUGGACGUCGUCGUUGGUUGAGCAAGGAAUUCGCUAGAAUUCGAAGAACGCAAUCAACUCUUAGAUCAGAAGUGGGUCCCAAGUGGACGAUUCGUGACAAAUGAUUAUUUAACGAGGAGAAAGAUAGUGUUCGACAGUGGAGGACUCUAUUAUUGGCACCACUCCACACGGCAGAUUGGCAUUACGAGGAGGUGGCCAAGGCGCCAUUCGCGAGUGUCGCGAGCGUGGGUGGAGAUUCAAGUCGUGGGUCGACGACGACUACGAGAAAUCAAGUUUCUUUUGUGCACGUUGAACUAGAUUAGAUUGUGUGGUUUGUCCAAAGCCGGAUUCGUGAUCGUAAAAGGACAACGUUCAAGUUUAGAUCGGUUAAUUCAAUCGCAGGAAAAAAAAGAAGAAGCAAACCAUGAAGAGCUAGAACAACCGUCCUCCUAGGAAAGGUCGACACUUUCUUCCAAGUUGUUGCAAGUUGCAUCGAGCGAAAACAAAAAAAAACCAGCGCGCUGGCAGCCGAACCGGAAAUUGCGACGGAGGAGGUGGAGGUGACUGUGGUGGUGGUGGGCGCCGUCCAGGUCGUGAGCAUGGAACCCGAGGAGGAGGAGAACGAAGACGGCGGGGACCUGUUGAAACAGGUUGAAGAGUGCGAGGAGACGGGAGACGGCGAGCAAUCAGAACCCCUCCCCUCGCCGGGCAUCCUCCCGUCCAGCUCGUUCGCCGGCAGCAUCUCCAACCUGAGCGAUGGCUCGUCAGCCACAGCCAUCGCCGGAACCACGCCCACUCCCGCCCAAUCCAACAACGGCGGAUCAACUACCGGUGGUGGCCCCAGCUCCCAAGCCGGUUCCAGCCGGCCCCGGAUGGACAUUGCGUGCGUCAUCGACACGAGUUCCGGCCAGCGGGGGGUCGCGUUCGAGGAGUUGAAGUGCGCUUGCGCGCAGGUUGGCGCCAAUCUGGAGCUGCUGGAGUUUGAGAAGCUGGACUUUGGGGAGCUGAACACGGUGGAUAGCUUCUACAGUGCGGAUGUGGCGGUCGUGGAUUUGAGCGUGCAGGUUCAGCAGAGUACGCUGUGCUAUCAUCUGGGGGUGCGGGAGAGCUUCGAGAUGAAGGAGAAUAUUGUGAUUUAUGAGGAUGAGGAGAGUGAGGCGACGCUGCGGAUGAAGAUUUCGUGCGGGAAUUAUACGUUUGUGCCGUAUCGGGUGGUGGAGGGGGGGAGGGGUUGUGUGGUGACGAAUCCGGGAAAGGGAGGGUACUUGGAGGAGGUCGAGUGUAAGGUUGGGUUGUUGGGGCGGUUGAGGAAGAUCUUCCAGGAUGUGGAGAUUCAGUCGAAGGCGCACUUGAGGGAGAAGUUUAUGGCUGAUUUGCGGAGUUUGCGGGAUCAGUACGCGGGGAAUGUUGAGGAGUUGCAGAAGAUGCUGCGGAAUAUGCGGCGGAGGUUGGACGAUCCGCACGUGCUCUCGAAGGAGAUUGUGCAGACUUAUAUGCUGUCGUUGAGGGAUGUUCAGGACUACGAUGCGAUGGUGCAGCUGGUGGAUGAUUUGCAGACGGUGCCGAACAAGCAGAACUACAUCAACACGGGGAACAUGAACUACUUGUACGCUUUUGCGUUGAAUCGGCGGAACAAGGAAGGUGACCGGGAUAAGGCGUUGAAGAGUUGCACAAAAGCGCUGGAGAAGAAGGAGAACCACUUUCCGGAUAUGCUGUGCCUGUGCGGUCGCAUCUACAAGGACAUCUUCGUCGAGUCCAACCGGACCGAUCAGGAAUCGCUGCAGAACGCCAUCACCUGGUACCGGAAGAGCUUCGAGAUUCAACCCAACGAGUUCGCCGGCAUCAACUUGGCCACGCUGCUCGUGAUCGAGGGGAAGGACUUCUCCGACACGGAACUGCAGCACAUUGGGAUGGUCCUGAACAACCUGAUCGGCAAAAAGGGUUCACUUUCCUCGAUCAAAGACUACUGGAACGUGGCGACCUUCUUCGAGAUCUCCGUCCUCGCGGAAAACUACGCCAAAGCAAUCCAAGCCGCAGAGUGCAUGUUCCGCCUAAAGCCCCCCAAGUGGUACCUCAAAUCAACCAUCGGCAACAUCACCCUAAUCGACUACUCGCGACGAAAAUCCGACGAAUCCUCAAUCUCCAUCGAGCAGCAAAUCUUCCAGUUCUGGAUGGAGUUUUUCCUGGAAGCCACCAACGCUGAACCCUCCUCCACCGUCCGCUUCCCGAUCCUCAUCCAGGAAACCCAGAAGAUCCUGAUGCCCUCGUACGUCGUAAUCCACAUGAACGCCGAGCAGAAAUCCAUCGACAUCGCCAACAUCUGCCAGCAGCACGCCAAGAACGAAUGCCGCAAAGUGCACAACUUCAACUUCCUCGCGUCCCAAAUCAAAUCCGUCAGCCUGUACAAACGCGACGAACGCUGCGCCUACCUCUACGUCCAGCAAAACUCCGACGACUUCCAGAUGUACUUCCCGCCCCAGUGCCGCCAGCAGUUCUACGACCUCAUCCUUCAAAUGACCGCCGACCAGGGCAGCGGCUUCAUCGAUCUCUCCACCGAAACCACCGCCGACGAAAUCAAGUACGAGUACGAACUCGACGACCAAAACCGCCGCAUCGUCCUCGGCCGCGGCACCUACGGUUCCGUCUACGCCGCCCGCGAUCUCAACACCCAGGUCAAAAUCGCCGUCAAAGAAGUCCCCGAGAAAUUCAGCCACGAGGUCCAACCCCUGCACGAAGAAAUCAAACUCCACUCCCAACUCCGCCACCGCAACAUCGUCCAGUACUGGGGCUCCAAGUCCGAAGACAACUACUUCAAAAUCUUCAUGGAGCAAGUCCCCGGCGUCCUCUCCGCUCUGCUCCGCUCCAAGUGGGGCCUCAAGGACAACGAAGCCACCAUCGCGUUCUACUCUAAGCAAAUCCUCGAAGGACUCAAAUACCUCCACGACCAGAAAAUCGUCCACCGUGACAUCAAAGGCGACAACGUCCUCGUCAACACGUACAGCGGCGUCGUCAAAAUCUCCGACUUUGGCACGUCCAAACGCCUGGCCGGCAUCAACCCCAUCACCGAGACCUUCACCGGCACCCUCCAGUACAUGGCCCCGGAAGUGAUCGACCAGGGUGUCCGCGGGUACGGCCCGGCCGCCGACAUUUGGUCGUUCGGGUGUACUGUCGUCGAGAUGGCCACCGGAAAGCCGCCGUUCGUGGAGUUGGGUUCGCCACAGGCGGCCAUGUUCAAGGUGGGAUUCUACAAGAAGCACCCGGAGAUUCCGGCCGAGCUGUCGCCGAUAGCGAGGAACUUUAUCAAGCGCUGCUUCGAGGUGGACGUGCUGAAGAGGGCGACGGCGGCCGAGCUGAUUGAGGAUGCGUUUUUGUCGGACAAACACAAAAAAAUGCGCGCCUCAAUCUCCGCCAUCCCGUCCGGAUCGGCCAGCGGGGCGGCUUCCGCCGCGGCCACCAUGAGCACCGCCGAGUUCGCACGCAGCGUCAGCAUGCCGGCGGAUCGGCACGUCAGCAAGACGCUCACCUCGCAGCAAAGUUCCGCCAGCUGCAACACCCCGACCAUCAACUCGGAGUCAGAAUGCACUGCGCCCACAUUUGCCUCGACCAGAUCGGCGUCCAUCCGGAAGAACAAACAUCUUGCCCAUCUGACGCCGAUUCAGAUGCCAAACCGAAUCGGCAGCAUUGGGAAUCUCGCGGAAACGCCAUCACUCGAGAUUGAGUCUAUUGAUCCCAAUCCGGGCGGAUUUCAGCUAAACCGGAGAAGUUCCUCCGGAGGACUACUAUCACCUGAGGUCGAACUCCCGUCCACCUCGAGCAAAUCUCCCCUCCUGAAUGGCACCGACGCCAACGAGAGCGACGGCUUCUACCUGCUGAAGAAGGACUCCCAGCGACGCGCGACCCUGCACCGAGUUCUGGAGCACGACGAGCGCAAGAUCUGCCACGUGUGGAUGGAGAAGAUCGUCUCGGACCGGAAGGAGGCGGUCGUGAUCAGCAUGAGCCACCUGGAGGUGCUGAUCAAGGCGCUGCGGACGUACAUUACGGAGCAGAAGAAGGAAACGCUGGAGGGCGUCAUCGCGGGGUUGAAGAAGGCUUUGGACUUUGACUCGACGGCGAUCGAUCAUCUGCACCUGGCGAUGUAUUUGUUCCAGGACGCGGUCAUUUCGGUGCUGCGCUCGCACAACAUCAAGCCGCACUGGAUGUUUGCGUUGGACAAUCUGGUCAAGAGUGCGGUUCAGGCGGCGAUCAUAAUUUUGUCGCCGGAACUGGGCAGGAAUUUGGCCGGGCAUGGUCACAACGAUGAGGACGACGACGAUGAUGAGGAUCGUCCGAGGAGGCACUCGCGGCAUGGUCGUGGAGCUGCCGGGGGAGGUGGUGGUGAGGCGCCAGCCAGAGGUGCGCGUGGAACCGACGACGAUGAUGAGGAGGGGGAUGACGAUGAUGACGACGAUGGGGAAGUGUCCACGUCGGGCGUCGGCACCGUCAACUCGGUCACGCUGGCGAAACCGGCCAAGCUGAGCCGCUCGAAGGUGGUCCACGACCAGAUUACGGCCCUCCGGGCGGAGAACCUAAGACUGAUGGAAGAUCUGUACGAAUCUCACAAUAGCUACCACGCCGUGUUCCGAACGGCUCUCGAGGGACAUACCACGAACGCGGAGAUGGUGAAGGCGUUAGCCACGCAACUGAUGUCCGUCGCGAGGUACAGCAGCAGUACGGGUACCAUUGAGCGAGGCUCGCAAGGCUACGCCAGUGAAACGUCCGAAAGUCCGGGAAUUAUCCCGGUGGACGAAGUGGACGCGGUCAACAAUAACUUUUUGCGGCCGACGAACCCCCCGACGCUACACCGGCAGACGUCUCGCGGCGCCGUUUUUCAUCAGCAUCAUUUGGAGCGGACGAGGACGGCGUCGGCGACGGUUCGGGGAGCAGCGGGUUCGGUAGACCCGGAUCCACGGCUUGAGGAGUGGCUUGUCCAGCAUGGCAUUGGGGUGGCCGUGAGGAACACCAUUCACGGCGAGGAAUUUAGCUUCGAGGACUUUGUGUACGGCAUGGAGCAGGACGAUCUGAGGAGGAUCGGGUUGAGGGUCGGCACCGAGGUCAAACUGUGGCGCGCCAUCAGAACCUACCGGAGUCAGCAUCCCCUGCCUCAUCUCACAGAACCCGCCCCCUCCCAUUCCUCCUCCUCCCUGUCGACAGUCCUGGAUUCUACGCCCUCCACCGACGAGCCCCAACUCCGACGCCAACAGCCCCACCACAAACCGAUCUCCAACUCCAACAGCUGGGACUCGAGCCACUCGACGGCCACCUCGACCUCCUCCGAGUACGAGUCCUGCAACGGUGAGGGUUCGUGAAGUCGAAAGAGGCUGGCGGGUUCUUCCGGGGAAGAUUCCGAAAAGCGUCGAAAGCAGCAGCAGCACCCAUGAAUAUUGAGGCAAAAAUCAUCACCUAGUGUUUAAGGUCAAAACGUAUCCUGUUGUUUAAAAUUGUGUGGUAGUGUGUGUGUUUGGCUCAAACAAAAAUCAAGAAUCAACAAGCGAAAACGAGGUCUCUCUCACAAAAUUGGAUUGCUUUUAGUUUGUAAGAUGUUUCCCAUGAUCUAAGCGAUAAAGUGACCCAACCCAAGCUCCUCUAGACUAAGUUAGCAAUCAUGCAAGCAAUCAAUAAGCUAAGCAUCUUUGAAAAGUGCCUUUUCUCUUCUCUUCUGUUGAGCCUGCAAUAAUUGUAAGUGUCAAAACUGAAGCAAUACUAGUUUAUUUACUUCUCUAUCAUUUGCUGAAACAAUCGAAAUUGUUGAUAUUAGGCGCAGUUUAGGAUUAGUUACGCAGAAGCACACCGUAUGGAAUGCGUAUUAUUUUGCUGUUUUUGUUUGUUUUUUUUUAACGUGCUCGUUGUGCCCGUUUGCCAUACUGCUCUUAAUGUUAAGCUCAAAAAAGUAGUUUUGUAGGCCUAGGCUGUACCCCAUGUUAUACUGUAGUGUUUACACUGGCAAUAAAAUUGUUCGUUUUCCCUUCAAGCUUGAAGGGGAAUUAAAAUAUAAAAAAA